AUGGGGGCGGAUCCUGUGAACAACGACAGCUGGAAGGCGAAAGGCAAGAAGACGUUCGAGGACUUGGUGAAAGUGCUGAGUGGCCACUACGAGCCUUCAAGUCAAGUCAUUGCGGAGCGUUUCAAAUUCAACAGGAGGUACCAAGGAGAAGGGGAGUCCGUCGCGGCAUUUGCAGUCACGCUGAAGCACAUGGCAGCCAAGUGCAACUACGAUGCAAAGCAACCGGCGCCUGGCACCGUCCACAACGUGAGUGACGAAGCGAGCGGAAGCACAGGGCUGCUGCUGCACGGUGUGUAUCUGGUGGGCACGGAACAACCAUAUGAAGUUGAAGUACAGAUAGCCGGCCAGCUUGUGAAGAUGCAAGUAGAUACGGGCGCAGCCGUAUCACUCGUUCCGGAAUGCGUUUACCGGCAGCUAAAGCAGCCGCCGCAGCUUGCGAAGUGCGAGAUGAAGCUCAAGACUUACGGCGGAGCGACGCUACAAGUGAAAGGCCAAGCGGAGGUUUUGGUCGAUUAUAAGAGACAGCGGAAACUCCUGCCAAUCAUCGUGGUACCAGGAGAGAAGCCAGCACUCCUAGGCCGCGACUGGAUUGCGAACCUCGGAAUGGACCUAAACAGCAUUCACGAGGUGCACGCACAACCGUCUGUCGACAGCAUCCUGUCAAGGAAGGAAGGAAGCAUGCCAGUCUUUUGCAAGGCGCGGUCUGUGCCGUAUGCCAUUCGUGAACCUGUCGAGCAUGAACUAGGCAACUUGCAAAAAGAGAGCGUACUGGUGCCCGUAACCCGCAGCGACUGGGCCACGCCGCCGGUAGCUGUUCACAAGCCAGACGGCACAGUACGAUUGUGUGGAGACUAUAAAUUGACGGUGAAUCCAUGUGUGAAGACCGACCAUUACCCACUGCCCGCGGUGGAGGAUUUGUUCACGACGCUGGCUGGGGGCAAGGUUUUCACCGUUCUGGACCUUUCGACGGCAUAUCAGCAAAUCGAGGUGCACCCUGACUCGCGACCCUUGCUGACUAUAAACUCUCACAUGGGGUUGUUCCAGUAUGUUCGAAUGCCGUACGGAAUCUCAAGUGCACCUGCGGUUUUCCAGGCAAUCAUGAAUGAGCUGUUGAAAGGACUACCGGGAGUGGUAUGCUACCUCGACGAUGUCCUCAUCACGGGAGCAUCACAUACCAAAUGCCUGGCCCGGAUGGAAGCAGUCCUGCAGGUUUUCAGGGACCACGGCGUACAAGUGAGAAAGGAAAAAUGGAAGUUUUUCUUGAAUUCUGUCAAAUAUCUUGGGCAUAUCAUUGACGAAAAUGGUGUGCACCCGUGCGUCGAGAAGGUUGAAGCCAUAAGGGAAGCACCCACACCUAAGAACAUCAGUGAGCUUAAAGCGUACCUCGGCAUGAUAACUUUUUACUCCAAGUUCAUGCCAAACAUGUAUUCGAGGCUAAAGCCUUUGUAUGCACUGCUUCAGAAGGACAAGAAGUGGGUCUGGUCCGCAAAAGAAGAAAAAGCCUUCGCGGAGAGUAAGAGCCUCCUUACGCAAGCGAGCGUGCUAACAUGCUAUGGCCCAAAGAAGCCUCUUGGAUUAGUCUGCGACGCCUCUCCUUAA